AAUAAUUAUAAAAUUUCUGUUUCGCCAUCUCCCUCGGAAAAAAAAAGUUUUCUCUCCAUCUUCUUCCUCUUCUUCAACCUUUUUAUUUCUUUUCUUUUCUUUUUCUCUCCACGUUUCCUUUCAUUCACCUUUUUAAUUAUUUUCCCUCCUUUAUAUAUAUUUCCUUUCCUUCGUAUUUACCUCGCAACAUUCUUCAAUAAUUCUAAUGGCGCCGGGAAUUCAACUAACCUCCGCCGGCGCCGUCGCCGGCGAUGACUCCGUUGACCUCGAGGACGUUCGCCUGCUCGAUUCCUACGAGAAAUACGACGACGGCAACACCACGAACACGAAGCGUAUUCAGGUCAGCAUCUCCGGCAUGACUUGCGCCGCCUGCUCCAACUCCGUCGAAGCCGCUCUCAACUCCGUCGCCGGCGUCUCACACGCCUCCGUCGCGCUUCUCCAGAACAGAGCCGACGUUGUCUUCAACCCAACCCUCGUCAAGGAAGAAGACAUUAAGAAUGCGAUUGAAGAUGCAGGUUUCGAUGCUGAGAUCUUACCGGAACCGGCUUCGGUUGGAUCGGACAAACGCGGUGGCGCCGCCGUGGUGGUGGGACAGUUCACGAUUGGUGGGAUGACUUGUGCGGCGUGUGUGAACUCUGUUGAAGGCAUCCUGAAUGGCCUCACCGGAGUGAACAAAGCAGUGGUGGCUUUAGCCACUUCCUUAGGCGAAGUUGAGUAUGAUCCCAACGUGAUUAGCAAGGAAGAGAUUGUUGGUGCUAUUGAAGAUGCUGGUUUUGAGGGUUCGUUUGUUCAGAGCAGUGGUCAGGACCAGGUGGUUUUAGGGGUUGUUGGUUUGAGCUCUUUGGUUGAUGCUCGGAUUUUGGAAGGUGUGUUGGGUGGGAUGAAAGGGGUGAGGCAGUUUCGGUUUGAUCCUUUGUUGAAUGAAUUGGAUGUGGUGUUUGAUCCUGAAGUUACUAGUUCUAGAGCAUUGGUUGAUGAGAUCCACGCCGGGAGUAACGGCAUGUUCAUGUUGCAUGUUAGGAAUCCUUAUGCUAGAAUGGCUUCUAAAGAUGUUUCAGAGACCUCAAAUAUGUUCAGACUUUUUCUUUCCAGCUUGUCUCUUAGUAUUCCUCUCUUCUUCAUGGGGGUAGUUUGUCCCCAUAUACCAUUGUUUUACUCCUUAUUACUUUGGAGAUGUGGGCCUUUCCUCAUGGAUGAUUGGCUGAAGUGGGCAUUGGUGAGUCUCAUCCAAUUUGUGAUUGGAAAGCGAUUCUACAUAGCAGCUUUCAGAGCUCUUAGAAAUGGUUCAACUAACAUGGAUGUCCUGGUUGCUCUGGGAACUACAGCCUCUUAUGUUUAUUCGGUUUGUGCUCUUCUGUAUGGUGCUGCUACUGGAUUCUGGUCUCCAACGUACUUUGAAACCAGUGCUAUGCUGAUAACAUUUGUAUUGCUGGGCAAAUAUUUGGAAUGUCUUGCCAAAGGAAAGACAUCUGAUGCCAUUAAGAAAUUAGUAGAACUUACUCCUGCAACAGCUUUAUUGGUUGUCAAAGAUAAAGGUGGUAAACCUGUUGAAGAAAGGGAAAUAGAUUCUUUGCUCAUUCAGCCCGGGGACACAUUAAAAGUUCUUCCUGGGACAAAGGUUCCUGCUGACGGUACGGUUACUUGGGGCUCAAGUUAUGUAAAUGAGAGUAUGGUGACUGGUGAAUCUAUACCUGUUUUGAAGGAGGUCGAUGCAUCUGUUAUUGGAGGUACAAUCAAUUUGCAUGGUGUCCUUCACAUUCAAGCUACCAAAGUAGGAUCUGAUACAGUUUUGAAUCAGAUAAUUAGUUUGGUGGAGACCGCCCAGAUGUCUAAAGCUCCCAUACAAAAGUUUGCUGAUUAUGUUGCAAGUAUAUUUGUUCCCACAGUUGUGUCUUUGUCAGUGUUGACAUUUUUGUGUUGGUACCUUGCCGGGGUUCUUGGAGGUUACCCAGAAGACUGGCUUCCAGAAAAUGGAAAUCACUUUGUUUUUGCCCUUAUGUUUUCAAUAUCUGUUGUGGUGAUUGCAUGUCCCUGUGCACUUGGUUUGGCAACACCAACUGCUGUCAUGGUGGCAACAGGAGUUGGAGCCAACAAUGGUGUAUUAAUCAAAGGAGGAGAUUCCUUGGAAAGGGCUCAGAUGGUGAAGUAUGUCGUAUUUGAUAAAACAGGCACUUUAACCCAGGGGAAAGCCACUGUUACUGUUGCCAAGGUGUUCUCAGGAAUGGACCGUGGAGAAUUUCUUACAUUGGUGGCUUCUGCUGAGGCUAGCAGUGAACACCCACUGGGAAAAGCAAUAUUGCAAUAUGCACGCCAUUUUCAUUUCUUUGAUGGGUCCGCACCAACCAAUGGUACCCAGAAUGAUGCCAAGGAGUUGAAGUCAGGGUGGCUUUAUGAUGCCUCAGAUUUCUCUGCUAUUCCAGGAAGGGGUGUGCAGUGCUUUAUAGGCGGGAAGCGUAUUUUGGUUGGUAAUAGGAAGCUGCUGGAGGAAAAUGGCAUCAAUAUUUCUACUGAAGUGGAGAACUUCAUCGUAGAGCUUGAAGAAGGUGCAAAGACAGGGAUACUAGUAGCAUACGAUGAUGUAUUUACUGGAGUCCUAGGGGUUGCAGACCCACUAAAGCGAGAAGCUUCUGUCGUCAUAGAGGGCCUCCAGAAAAUGGGAGUCAUACCUGUUAUGGUUACAGGAGAUAACUGGAGAACAGCUCGAGCCGUUGCCAAGGAGGUUGGUAUUCAAGAUGUUAGGGCAGAGGUUAUGCCUGCAGGAAAAGCUGAUGUUAUUCGUUCAUUCCAAAAAGAUGGAAGUAUUGUUGCAAUGGUGGGUGAUGGCAUCAAUGAUUCUCCUGCAUUAGCUGCUGCAGAUGUUGGUAUGGCAAUUGGGGCUGGGACAGAUAUUGCAAUAGAAGCUGCUAACUAUGUGUUGAUGAGAGAUAAUUUGGAAGAUGUCAUCACAGCCAUUGAUCUUUCAAGGAAGACCUUUUCUCGUAUUCGGUUGAAUUAUGUAUUCGCGAUGGCUUACAAUGUUAUUGCCUUACCAGUUGCUGCUGGGGCUUUAUUUCCUUUACUGGGGAUCAAGCUGCCACCAUGGGUAGCCGGUGCAUGCAUGGCGCUUUCGUCGGUGAGUGUUGUAUGCUCUUCUUUGCUUCUCAGAAGAUAUAGAAAACCCAGACUAACUACAAUACUUGAAAUUAUUGUAAAUUAACGAGAAAUGAAACUUAUGAGGGUAUCAAUGAGUUUGAUCCCAGUAAUUCCAAUUCCAUUUUUUUUUUUUUUUAUGUUUUUUACUUGCGCAUUGUGUUGUAAUUGUAAUUGUAGGCUGUAGCUGCCAAUUCGUUGUAAAUGCUUGUAAUUUGCAUAGCUCUCUCACCCUGUCA